GUAAAUUUUCUAGGGAAAAGAUACUAUCUUCAUUUAACUUUCUAAGGUUAUAUAAAUAAGAAAAAUAACCUUAGAAGCUAGAAAGAAAUGCGUAAGUAUAAUGAGCCUUUACCAACACGGCAAUCAAGGUCAGGAACACGCGAUAGUACGCGAAGCAAACAACCACCGAGAAAAUUCCGGAUAUCAAAGAUACAUAGUAUCGUUUCAUACCGGAGUAAUCCAUUUACUGAGGAAUCGGAGUAUCUGCUUCGGUGGAUCACACCGAAGAAUGCAUGGGCACAAGAACACCCGCCAUUAUCAUGGCAUACGCUGGAACAACUGUCGUCGUGUCUCAGCAUAUUACAGGACUAUCUACAGCGCCAAGUCGACAUUCAAUCGGCUAGCAGUAGAAAAAUCUCGCCUACCGCAGAAUUGCAUCACAGCGUCGCGAUUUACAAUGGAGAGUUUGUAGAAAUAUCUGAACAGGUACACUGUAUAUCAUCUCAGUCACCUGAUGUGUCCACUUUAGAAUUGAGGAAUAUUCCCCCUCCACAAGAACUCACAAUACUCCAUCGUCGACAAGCGGAAUUGGCAAUCAGGGCAGAGUUUCAACGCCGUCUCAAGCAGAUCCGAGGCCCACCAAUUACGAUCAGUAACACGGUAGAUGCGACAACACCGUCCCUAAAGUUUGAAUUCAUAGAAGAAUACAAGAUUCGGCCCGGUGUCCAUCGCGCAGAUGAAGCGACUAUAACAGGUUGCCAAAGCUGUUCGCCCAAGAUGGGUAGAGGUAUCGGGUGCGAAUACACUAAGAAGUGUGAAUGCCUGGAAUACGCCCUCGUCAACGAGAAGAACUUGGACGAUAAGCAGCGGGAGUUAUAUGCAAAGAUCCAGGAAACGCGUGAGGGUAGCACAAUGGGCAUGCCGAAGAAGUUUCCUUACUAUGUUACUGGAUCGUACAGGAACGGGUGCCUCGUUAGCUUCUAUUUAGACAGUCGACACCCGAUUUAUGAAUGUAAUCAGAACUGUGCCUGCGGCCCGGGUUGCAAAAAUCGUAAAGUUCAACAUGGUCGCAAGGUGCGCCUAGAGAUCUUCAAGACGGAGACUCGGGGCUGGGGGUUACGGGCUCUAGAAAAGCUGGUUCGCGGUACUUUCAUCGAUACAUACCGUGGAGAGGUCAUCACGGAUAAAGUAGCCUCGGCGCGCGAAGCGAAAGGAGACCGAUCGAAAGCGAGCUAUCUAUAUGAACUAGACAAGUUCAAAGAAAGCCAAGGCAUCCCUCAAGAAGAUAUAUAUGUUGUAGAUGGGCAAUUCUUCAGUGGGCCGACCCGUUUCAUGAAUCACUCUUGCGAGCCGAAUUGCAAGCAGUACACGGUCUCUUACAAUAAGCAUGAUUAUCGCAUAUACGACAUCGCUCUCUUUGCGUAUAGAGAUAUUGAGCCUCUCGAAGAGCUCACAUUCGACUACCAAGACAAAGACGAGGAGGAAGAAGAAGACGAUGAAAUGGACAUCGAAUUCUCACAGGCAGAGUCUGAAGAGAAAGUUCCCUGCAACUGUGGUGCAAAGAAGUGCAGGAAGUGGUUGUGGAUCUAAGCAAUAUGAGUGACCUACUCUUAUCAGCAGGGACUGCGAAUGUGUCAAUAGGUUCGAGGAAGAACGCUAAGAGGAAGUAUGCUCGGAGGAAGAAUCCAAGCCCAGAUCUUGGCUUUCAAACGUGGACAAGAUAUAGCACGAUUGGGAUCGGUCCGAUAACUUCCUGUCAUCUCAGGUCAGUCGGCAAAGUGCGUGUCGUCCAGCAUGUUUAGCCUUCUUCGCAAACCCGAAUGUUAGCUGACG